UACUAAUUAAUUCACUACUUGGCUAAUUUAGCAAUUGCUGUUCUGCUCUUUCCAAAUCAUUUCCAGUUGCCUUGCGAGCAGUCCAAGCAUCUGAAAAUUGGUGAAAAUUUUCUGAAGUCUUGAGAGCUAUACUUUUGAAAUGUUCAAGGAUACUAUUUCUUGGUUGAAUAUUAUUAUCCUUUUCUUGUUCCUACCAAUUUCUUGUGUCACUUGUUUAUCAUUCAGCUUCACCAGCUUUGGUCCAAGUAACUACCACAUAAAUUACCAAGGGGAUGCAUCUCCUUUGGAUUCUGUCAACAAGCUUACUCCAAACCUGCGAAUUCAGAGAGGUCCCUCGACGUAUGUGGAAGUGGAACCAAUGCAUCUAUGGGAAAAAGCCUCCGGAAAUCUUGUUGACUUCACUACCAACUUAUCCUUCUCCAUUGAUGCACAGAACAAUGCUUCACAUGCUGUUGGGCUAGCAUUCUUUAUUGCUCCAGCGCAGUACACAAUGCCUGGUGAAAAGCAAGGUAGUGGUAUUGGACUUGCUAGUGGCAACAACUCUAUAAAAAGUCCACCGGUUGCUGUAGAGUUUGACGCAUACUAUAAUCAGCGAGACAACGUGGAUGGCGAUCAUGUAGGUAUUGACAUGAACUCCUUAAAAUCUUCAAGAAGUCAGAAAUGGUAUCGUCGUGUUAUGGAUAGGAGAAUAAUUGAUGUAAGGAUUAGUUACAAUUCUAGUUCCAAUAAUCUUUGUGUUUACUUUGCAGCAGUAGUUUCUGAAAACAUCAUAGUUGAACAAAAGUUACCAAUUUUUUGCAAUGAAAUUGAUCUAAGGAUUCACUUGCCUGAAUGGGUUACUAUUGGCUUCUCAGCUGCCUCAGGACUGCCUUCUGUGUUUGAUACAAUUCAUUCAUGGUCUUUCGCUUCAAGUUUUCAAUGCAGCUAUCAAAAGAUAACCACUGAUCUCUCUCCUCCACCACCUGUCAUGCCAGUUCCCCGUUCUCUUAGACAAGAUAAAGAUAAACGAGUACAAGUUGUGGUGACAAUGAUUACCUUCCUCACUGGUGCUUGUGUUUUAGUAUUAGUUGCUCGGCUGUACAGGCACCGGACAAGUAUUAGUUCAUUCAUUGUACAGUCCGAGGACAAUGAAUUCGAAAGAGUGACUGGAGCAAAGAAAAUCCCAUAUAAUGUUUUGAUUCGUGCAACUAAUAACUUCAAUGAGAAGCUUGGGGAGGGAGGAUUUGGUGUUGUUUACAAAGCAUAUUUGAAAGAUUCGGGCAUUUAUGUUGCUGUGAAGAGAAUAUCAGAGAGCUCAACUCAAGGGAUUUCAGAGUACAAAGCUGAGGUAAUGAUCCUUAGCCAGCUCAGGCACAGAAAUUUAGUACAACUAAUUGGUUGGUGCCAUGAGAAAAAGGAAAUCUUACUUGUUUAUGAGUAUAUGCCCAAUCGCAGCUUAGAUUUCCAUCUCUUCAAUACUGAAAGCUUGUUGAAAUGGGGGCAAAGAUAUAAAAUUGCUCGAGGAUUAGCUUAUGGUUUGCAGUACUUGCAUGAAGGAUGGAGACAAUGUGUUUUGCACAGAGACAUUAAGUCCAGUAAUGUAAUGUUGGAUUUAGAAUUCAAUCCGAUGCUUGGAGAUUUUGGGUUGGCUAGGCUUGUAGACCAUAAUGCGAGAUCUCAAACGUUAUUGGGUGGAAGCCAUGGGUAUAUUGCUCCAGAAUGUCUUCAAACAGGCAAGUCUAGCAAAGAAUCUGAUGUGUUUAGCUUUGGAGUUGUGGCCUUAGAAAUUGCCUGUGGAAGAAAACCCUUUGUAGUAAGGGAUGACGGGAUCCAAAUGCAUAUUGUGAAGUGGGUUUGGGAGUUUUAUACAAAUGGAAAGCUUCUUAAAGCUGCUGAUCAGAAACUACAAGGACAGUUUACAAGGAAGGAGAUGAAAUGCUUGAUGAUUGUUGGACUCUGGUGCGCUCACCCGUAUUCUUCUUCGCGGCCUUCAAUGGCAAAAGCGAUUAAAGUGCUUAAUUUUGAUAUUGAGCUUCCAAAGCUUGAAUCAAAAUUUCCUGGUCAGGUCAACGUCCUUAAAGGUGUAAAUAGCAACAGAAGAUUACCAGUUUCCAAAUAUCUUUGGAAGUUAUUAGGGCUGAAACAAUGUCAUGGAACGGGGGUAGGUUGAUAGGUCCACGUGGACAUUGGUCAUCACUGUCAGCGGCAAAGUUAGACUUUUUCUUCUUCUUUUUUUCUUUUGUGCCCGCCAAGUGUAUCGUACACUUCUUCGCUCAUAAGAUGGGUCAUUAAAUGCAAAUUGAGUUGCCUAGUGCCCAAAUUUAUAAAAUUUCACGUUUUACAAAAAAAAAAAAAAAAAAAAUCUAAUAAUA